GAACACAAGACAACUGUUUUUGUUGGUAUGUCCCUAGCCAUGGGCACAGUAAUACAUGGCCUAUGUUGCUUAUGUUAGUUAUCUCUUCAUGAAUACCAUCUGAAUACCACUAAAAAGACUGGUAUAGUGAAAUUCACAUGGUAGACUUUAGAAAACACGUUGGUGAAAACAUGGAGAAAUAUGAGUGUACUGUACUGAAAAACAAGAUGAAUCCAUCUACCCUCUACAGCUAUAUUAUGUUAUAUUAUAUUUCGUUUUCAUUUGAUUUCAUUACAUUCAGUGAAGGCCUUGCAGUGUUGUUUCUUUAGUCUUCUUUGAGAAAAAGCUUUGCAACAAAUAACCAGUAGGUGGCAUUAUAACCCGUGCAGAAUGCGUAGAAUUCAUGGAAAGCUCAAAAAUUCCUGGAAAUGUCAGCAUCCCAUACCAUGGAUGCCCACUCUGAGGAACUCCUUUGCAGUCAGAGCGACGUGUGAGACUCACCGAAACGCAGUGUCACAAUUUUUUCUGGUUACAAAUAGGCGUUUGUAUUUUAUUGGGCUGUUUAUGCAAAUAUGGCAAACGGAGGGGUUCAACUUCUUGGUUUCAGUUUGGCUAUGCUGGGCCUUUUCGGAAUAAUUGCAUCGACUGUUAUGGUGGAAUGGAAAGCAUCUUCAUAUGCAGGCGACAAUAUUAUAACAGCCCAAGCCAUGUACGAAGGACUUUGGAAGUCGUGUGUGUCUCAGAGCACUGGGCAGAUUCAAUGCAAAAGCUACGAUUCGUUACUUCAGCUGCCAGGUGAGCUGCAGGCCACCCGAGGCCUGAUGGUGUUCGCCAUCUUGCUGACGUUCAUCUCCAUAAUGGUGGCUGUGGUGGGCAUGAAAUGCACCACAUGCUUGGCUGGCGAGAAGGAACAGAAAAGCAAAAUUGCCCUGGCAGGAGGAAUUCUCUUCAUUAUAGGAGGACUGACUUCUCUUGUUGCAACCAGCAUGUAUGGGCACAAGAUAGCCAAGGACUUCUACAACCCAUUCACUCCAACAAACUCCAGAUAUGAGUUCGGUGCCGCUCUCUUCGUGGGAUGGGCAGCGUCUAUUCUCACGAUCAUCGGAGGAGGCUUCUUGUGCUGCACCUGCAGCAGUGGAUCGUCGGGAAAAGCACCCAACUACCCCGCAUCUCGUGGAGGUCAGUCCGGCUCACAUGUGUAGGGAGACACAGCGGUGAGAGGAUGAUGGGAAACUGGCAGAUCAUCAGGAAGAGAACACAAUAGAAGGGGUUUGUGGUGUUGUGGGAUCAUUUCUGCCAUUUUCGAAAUUAUAAUGUUUUGGGCCUUGGAUUCAAAAAUGUUUUUUUUUUUUACUGUAUGUCGGGAAGUUGAUGUUUGUUGUUGAUUAUUGAUUUUACUGUGUGGUUUUGUCUCAAUAGAUUGCAGUUAUUUGAGACCAUUUCAAUAUAAAAUAAACACACCUUGGUGACCAUGUGUCCCUCAAUUUGCAGAAUUAUUUUCUAUAUCAUCAACGGAAGAAUGAAUGAAAUGUUGUAGAUUGAAAUCAACUUUAUAAAGUUGGUGGAGUUAGCAUUUAAUGAGCAUUGUUACACGUUGUUGUUGUUAUAGAGAACGCCAAUUUAAUGACAGGUCUGCAAAGGUUCAUGAUGUCUGCCUGCGAAACACUCCGUUGUCACACGCUGAUUACAGGCGUUCCUCGGUCUGUGUCGCAGCUUCUUCACGCUCACAGCAAUGCGAGUCAUCCCACCCUGACAUGUAGGGCGGGGAGCUGCAGGGACAUGCUCCUGUAGAGCGUGCACAAACAAGUCUGGGAUACUCCACUGAACACACAUAACUCUGUUUCCAAACACCAAAGGAC